GUAGUUCAAGCCAAUGAUACGUCGAUUCAUAAAUGCAAUAUAACUAAUUAUUGGAUAAUUCGAACAAAAAUUAAAGUUUUAAUGAAAAAUAUCCUCACAUAUGAUGACGAUAUAUGGAUGUCAAAUAAAUAUGAAUCUGUGAUAAUCAUUUCGCAAAAAAAAAAUUUCAUGUACCUGAACAUACCCCAAAACCUUGAACAACGAAUAUGUCCUCAGAAAAAUCCAUAUCAUUCGAAAAAUCUACAAAGGCGCCAACUUUGUUGACUAUUGGAUCGCGUAAAUCACGUUUGGCAAUGAUUCAAACGAACAUGGUUAUUGAUGCAUUAAAACGCCAUUAUCCAGAAUGUGAAUUUGUAGUAAAAAAUAUCGAUACAACUGGUGAUAAUAUUCUUGAUCGACCAUUAGCCAAAAUCGGUGAAAAAGCCUUAUUCACUCGUGAGCUUGAAGAAGAAUUAUUACGGGGGACAAUCGAUAUGAUUGUUCAUUCACUGAAAGAUAUGCCAACUACAUUGCCAGAUCGAUGCUGUAUUGGUGCAAUAAUGGCACGUGAAGAUCCCAGUGAUUCAUUAGUACUUCGUAAAGAUUUGAUUCAUAUGCUUAAAACGGGACCAAACUUAAAUAUGGAAUAUAUUAUGAAUGAUUGCUCGAAAUGUGUUCAAACAUUCGGUACGUCUUCACUUCGAAGAAUUGCUCAACUUCGUAAUUCAUCGCCAAAUGUCGUCAUAAAGGAUGUCCGUGGAAAUCUAAACACCCGGUUGGAUAAACUAGAUAAUCAUCCUAAACAUGGUUAUGAUUGUCUAGUAUUGGCCACUGCAGGUUUAAUACGUGGUGGAUUCCAUGAUCGAAUAAGCUUAAGAUUGACUCACGGUAAUUGGUAUCAUGCUGUAUCACAAGGUGCAUUAGGUGUUGAAUGUCUUUCUGAUGAUUACCGGAUGCAACAAAUACUUUUUCCGUUAGUCGACUCGCGUACAGUAUUUGAAUGUACAUCUGAACGGGUACUAAUGAAAUGCUUGGAAGGUGGUUGUUCCGUACCGAUAGGUGUGCAAACAAUAUGGUCCAAUGCUGACAGAUGGUUAUUGACAUUAAAAGCCAAAGUUCUUACUAUCGAUGGUAAGGAAUCGGUCCAAGGUGAACAAACAGAAGAUUUAGACAAUCAAAAUUUUCCAAUAAACGAAACAUUUGAACUUUCAGACUUUACUGACAUACGAAUCGAAGGAAUUGAUAACCAAUUUGAAUGUCGGUUAAAAAAUUCUGUAAGACUUGGACGUUCUGUUGCUAAGCAGCUUAUCGAUAUGGGCGUCAAAAAUAUUCUUAAACGUUCACAGUAAAAACACCAUUUAUUUAUUCAAUGUAAUAUUUAUUAAUAAAUUAAUAAUAAUUAAUUAAU